AGGUUCAGUUUUGUUUCUCUGUCACAGCUGCAGAGGUUUUAAAGAGCCGGAGCUGCGGGACGCGCCUCACAUGCACCAUGUUUUCCUGGGGAGAGGACUGUCACCAGGUCUUCUGGUCCAAACACCCCCCUGUGGACGGGUCAGCAGAGGCCAGGGUUCACCAGUUUAACCCGGGUUAUCUCAUCCGGGGCCUGUCUGCAGGACACAGUGUGCUCAGCUUCAUUAAGACCAACGGAGAUGCUUUUAUCAUCCGGACACACGAGAACAAGGACGGAAGAAGAGUCCGAGGGAAACAGAAGUUCGUGGAGUGCAGAGAGAAGCUCCGGGCUGUGAGCUGCACUGAUGACGUGGUGUCCCUGCUGACUGACAGCGGCUCGGUCCUCUGUGUGGACACAACGCGCCCCCCCUUCACACCAAGGCCGAUGAAGGAGUUGUGUAACAUACCUGUUUGUCAGGUGGCGUGUGGGAGUCAACACUCAGUCGCCCUGACUCAUGAUGGCCGGGUGUACACGUGGGGUCAGGACUCCAGGGGCCAGCUGGGUCUCGGGCAGGGGAAGCCCUUUGCCAACUCACCCCAGCAGCUCCGCUCCCUGUCGUCCACCCCGCUGGUUCAGGUCGCCGCGGGGGGGGAGCAGAGCUUCGCCCUCUCUGUCAGUGGAGGUGUGUUCGGCUGGGGCAGAAACGACCGUGGGCAGCUCGGGCUGGGAGACACAACAGACAGACGGACACCAGCUGCUGUUAAAGGUCUAAACAUGAAGGGAACUGUUCACAUUUCCUGUGGGAAGGAUCACACUGCUACUCUAACUAAGGGUGGUGCUGUGUUUACGUUCGGCUCGGGGCAGUUCGGGCAGCUCGGGCACAACUCGUUCUCUGAUCAGCUCCGUCCUCGUCUUGUUGCCGAGCUGUUGGGGGCAAAGGUCACAGAGAUCGCAUGUGGACUAAACCACACGUUAGUGUCCACAGACGCCAAGAAGGUUUACUCCUUUGGGUGUGGAGAGCAAGGGCAGCUGGGACACGGAGACGAGAGUCAUCCCUCUGUGCCGCUCCCCGUUCAACUGCCACAAGGCAGCAGUGAUGGUCCCGAUAUUAGAAACAUCUUCGCAGGAGGAAACUGUUCAUUUGCGACAUGCUCGUCUAACGAGGAAACUCAUGAGGAGCCAAACAAUGACGGGGUCAGUAAUGCCCCACAGUCUUGUCUUGAUGACAUGAUCGACAAAUGGACGUCUGAAUGUGAUGCAAAAACCUGGAAAAAGAUAAAACAGGAAAUCCACAGGACUUUUUCCACAGCAUCUUGUAUGAAUCAAAGUUUCCUGGAGAAAAGAAAAGACAAACAUUUCCAGACCUCAUCAAAGUACCACGGCAUGAACUUGUCACUUGCACGACUUGCUUUCAAGAGACUGGUGAGGAAGGACGAUGUUUUGUCAGAGGUGGUGGCUGCUGUCCUGAAGCUGCUUCCCUCUUUUGAGGAUCCAGUGGGAGUGGAGGGGUUGAGGAUCUUCUUGCUUCUCAAUGAUCUUCUUCACGUGAUCCAGAAGCUCCAUCGACCACAGAGCACCGAGCUCGCUCAGGCCGUCGCUGCUGCCGUUCUGAAGCUGUCUGCUGAGAACCUUCAGGUCAUAGGAAACUGGUGGACGACACUGUCAGCCUCCACCAUAUCUGCAUAUGUUAGGGUUUGGAAGAAAGCCCUCUCAGACCUGCUCUCCUCAAGCCCUGUUCUUCCCCGCUCCAGCUUCAGAAAUCUGUUACAAGUCCUCCAGUACAUGUACAAUGCCAACAGCAGGACCUCAGAGUCUCAAAGGCUGCCAGACAGCGACUUCUAUUUGCUCAUGGACCCAAUCUUUCUUGGUUUGGAUCUGCGUCAAUGGACUUUACAGACGAAACAGAGGAUGAUGGAUGCUGAGCCUCUUAUCAUUGGUAGAUUUCCAAUUGUGAUGGAUCUGACGUCAAAGAAAUUGAUUCUUGACACGUAUGCUGAAAUCAUCAAGCAGGAAUCAUGCAAUAAGAUCGGGUGGGAUUUCUAUUGCAUGUAUGGACUAGAACAUCUGCUUGCUGAAGAUCCGCUUUUUAGACUGGAGCUGAGACGAGCAUCCAUUUCAGAAGACACUUUUGAACAACUGGAUGCUGUCCAUCACAGGGACUACAAAAAAAGACUAGAGGUCUUUUUUGAUGAGAACUUUGAGCAAGACGAUGUCAAUGUCAACAUCAAAGACUUUUUUAAUGACGUCUUUCACGAGCUGGUGUCCGACGAAUUGGGGAUGUUCAUUUUCAACGACUCCAAAACACUUGCAUGGUUCCCUUCAAAUGCAACACACGACCACCACAGGUACUUCCUGUUCGGAGUUCUGUGUGGAUUGGCUUUGCACAACCAGUGCAUCAUAUACCUACCGUUCUCAAUGGCUCUGUUCAAGAAGCUGCUCGGUGUGAAGCCUUCGCUGGAGGACCUAAUGGAAUUCAGUCCAGACGUCGGAAAGAGUCUGCUGUCCAUCCUGGAGGAAUAUGGAGACAAAGAGUUGGAAAGCCUGGGCUUGGAUUUUUUAAUCAGCUGGGAUGGGACAGACGUUGACCUUGAUCCCACAAACCCUGAAAAAACUGUGACAAGUCAAAACAAGAAGGAGUUUGUGGACGCCUACGUGAAUCACGUCUUCAACAGAUCUGUGGAGAGUGUGUUUCUGGAGUUCAAGCGAGGCUUCUACACGGUUUACGACCGGGACUUGUUGAAGGUGUUGCGACCAAAGGAGCUGCAGGAAGUCCUGCAGGGCAAAGACUUCUGUGACUGGAAAACACUGAAACAGAACACACUUUACGAGCCGCCGUACCAUGUUGACCACCCCAAUAUGCAGAUGUUUUGGGAGGUUUUUGAUGAACUAACCGAGGAUCAGAAGAAGAAGCUCCUAUGGUUUGUGACCGGUUUUGAAAGGUUGCCCAUUCUUGGCAAUAAAAGCAUGAUCAUCAGGCUCAAGAACGUCGGUGACGUCUCUCAGGACCAGUUCUACCCUGAAACACACACGUGUUACCAUUAUCUGGAUCUGCCCCUAUACUCAACCAGGGAGAGUAUGAAAAUCAAGCUGACAGAGGCCCUGAGCAACAGUAGAAGAAGCUACAAGUGAGGCUGGAACUCUGCCGCAGGUAUUCUGCCCUGAAAAGAGGGCGGAACGUAGUGAAAACACUUUAUAAAUCGACCAAACACAAUCCAUUGUACUGUACCUGCACCUGUUUACUGGCUCACAUGACAGGUUUACAUUUCUUAAGAGGGCGAGUGGACUAAGUGGUUGUAUAAAAAAUGAAUGCCUCAAAGUAAAAAUACAUGUAUAAGAGAAGUCUUAAUUAAAAAGGGGUGAUAAAUAUUUUUAUUAAUGUUUUUCCAGGUACAUUAUUUAAUUCAACUGCAAACUUGUCAUGGGAACUUGUAAAUGUGGAUAAAUGUGUGUGUGCACAGCAGUCACUUUCAAUGCCUAUUAUAGUUUAAUUGUUCAAACAUUUUAUUAGGGUGCCUGCAUUAACUGUAAAGAAAAGGAGAUCCAAUAUGCUUUGAGGGCCUUAAAUGCCGUAAAGCUUCUAAUUGAUUCAAGUCUUUCAGAGCAUUAAUAAGGAAAUUAACAGCAACUUACAAACUCUUUAACGGCGGCCAGCAACAAAUGAGGCUUCCCCCGUCACCCCGUCUCCAUUCAUGCACUAACUAGGGAACAGGUGACGUUUAUCCUCCUACACCAUGUGACCUGAUUGUGACCUAUUGCUGGAACGAUGUGUUGACUGAAAUUCUCAGGUUGGAUGUAGAGCAAUAUUUUAAGUAUUUUUCAUAAACGUUGGGUUUUUAUUUAUUUAUUUUAAUUGAGUAACAACUGCUGUCAUCCUUCGAUUGUGCAAAUGUUCAUGUGUUCACUGUUAUUCUUUUCUUUCGUUUCUUUUUCUAUGCUUGUUGUAUUUGGAAAUUCUGGAUUUAAACUCGUGUGGAAAAUAAUAAAAGAAAUCUGACAUUU